ACCUCCACCUGAACCACAACCACAUUCAGAUGCUACAAGAUGACUCCCUCUCCCGCUACGUCUCCCUUCGUACCCUAAGCUGUGCAGACAACCUCUUGGAGACAGUGGGGUCCAAGCUCUUUCACAACUCACCUCAUCUAGAGAGCCUCAAUCUAGCUGCCAAUAACCUUCACGUUGGAUACCAGCAAACUAGCCUGGCGCUGCUCACCUUGUCUAGACUCAGAGUUCUGGAUCUGUCAAAAAAUCAGCUUACAGAGGACAUGGUCUCCGUCCUCCUCCAGAACAUGACGUCCCUGGAGUACCUCAACCUUUCCAGGAACCUCCUGCUGAGGCUGGACGAAAGCUCCUUCAGCGACCUCCACCAGCUCAGAGAGCUGGACCUGCAGAGGAACAUGCUGUUUGAGAUCGACGGGUCCUUCGAUCACCUGCACAAGCUCCAGAGACUCAACCUGGCCUUCAACUACCUGCCCUGCCUGGUGCACUUCCACAUGACCCAGCUGGUGGUCCUCAACGCCAGUCACAAUGCCAUUGAGUGGUUCAUAGCCAACCAGGACCUCCAGGAAGUUUUCCAGCUGGAGACCCUGGAUCUCACAGACAACAACCUCCUCUUCUUUCCCUUUCUGCCCACCCACAGCCGCCUGAGGAACCUCCAUCUGUCCCAGAACAGGGUGAGCUUCUACGAACACCUGGCGGACACAGCUGCCUACCCCAACUGGAAGACCAGCGUCCAGUUCUACAACCUGAGGGGAAACAUGAGCAACGUCACGGCCAAGUUGUGGGACGAGAGCCUGCACGGGGACAUCUCCUCUCUAGACCUGCUGGAUCUGAGUGGAAAUCAGGUGCACUACUUCCCCCAAGGAUUCAUCAGCAAAAUGCCAAGCCUGACCAGACUCAGGAUGUGGACAAACUGUCUUGAGGUCUUGAAUCUAACUCUAGAAAAGCUGCCGGGGAUGUUGUACGAGUUGGACGUGAGCAACAAUAGGUUGACAGAGCUCCAUGCCGACCAAGUUAGUUUGAGGAAGCUAGGCAACCUAAGCGUUCUGAACCUGAGCCAGAAUGACCUGCAGACUCUACCUGCUCAGCUGUUGUCCUCUCUCACCAGCAUCCGCUCUGUGGAUAUUAGCUACAACAGAGUUGGCGUGUGCCCCCUUGAAGCAAGGGGUGGGGGCAUGGGUGGGGGUAACCAAUCAGACUGUGUCGUUUGUAAAAACAUAAUUUCUCUGAGAUAUCUCUACCUAUCGGGGUGCAACCUGGGGAGGCUGCCAUCAUCAGCGUUCGUAGGGACGCCCCUAACACACCUGGAGCUGUCUAACAACCCAAAACUCAUCAUCGGGCCCAGAUCGAUCACAGGCCUCAGCAGAACUUUACAACAUCUAGGAUUGGGAAACACAGGCCUGAGACACUUUGACUUCUCUCCUUUCCACCAAUUGAAGUCUUUGAACAUUUCCAGAAACUCUCUUACUCAGCUCCCUGCUUCACUGCAACGCCUGGAGCUGAAGCUGCUGGACCUGAGGGACAACAAACUGACCGCCUUCCCCUCAGCUCAGGCUAACGUGUUAGCCACGAAACUCCACGCCGUUUUUCUCAACGGAAACACUUUCAACUGCUGCCAGUUGGACUGGUACAGGACGUUCGAGAAAACGGUCACUAUCAUGGACCUCUCAGAUAUUUCAUGUCAGGAUCUGACCAAAAGAACACACAGAGUAGUGCUUUUAGACUCCGUAAUAUGUGGCGGUAGUGAGGGGGAGUCUGUGUACUGGUACAUCCUGCUGUUUAUCGUACCUGUUCUCUGUCUGGUUGGAAUGUCUGUUAUCUUCCUGCUCACCUUUAGGCCUAGACUGCUUCCCACAGCAGUUAGAAAUAAAUGCUGGAGUCACCUUCCCUGUGUUGUCGAAGAAAAGUCCCAAAAAGAAGACACUGGUCGUGUCCAAAUACCCAUACUAGAGAUCUAAGUAGAAGGCAUUUUAGGUAUGCGAAAAUAGAACGUUUUAUAGUAAGUGCAAUUACAACAAAAAAUAGUAUGCUUUAAAUGCCAGAAUGUUAUGUUACUUUUGAGAAAGAUAAUCCUCUUUCCAGACUCACAUGUGUUUGACCACAGCUGAUAAUGAGAUCAUUCUUUUAUUUAACUCAGGAAGUCAGUUAAGAACAAAUUCUUAUUUACAAUGACGGCCUACCCUUGCCAAUUGUGCACCGUCCUAUGAGACUCCCAAUCACAGCCAGAUGUGAUGCAGCCUGGAUUUGAACCAGGUAGUAUAG